AUGGACAUGAUGGAGCUGGACGGACAGGUGGUGGAGGGAUGGAGGGAUGGAGGGAUGCUAGAGGACGGAGAAGGGAGGAGGAAUCUGGAGGACGUGGCCAGGAGAGAUAUGGCGAGGACGCUGAAGGAGCUGAAAGCCAGACACCCUGAUAGAGACACAGAGCAGCUUAUAGAGAUGGCCAACUACCAGGUGUUGGUCCAGCAACAGAAGAGCCGAGCGUUCUACCGUAUCCAGGCAACCAGGAUGAUGAUCGGAGCAGGCAACAUCCUGAAGAAGCAUGCUGCUGACCAGGCUAGGAAGGUGGUGAGCAGCCAGGAGCCCCAGCUGCAGGAAGACGACCCCCACACGACCCGGAUGGAGUUUCAACCCUCCCACUACCAGUGCUUCGAGAACUGUGGCUCACUCAAACUGACCGUGGCCCGACAUGGCGGAGACCCUGGAGCUUCUGUUAAGUCUGUAAUUAGUGAACAGGACCUCCAGCCACGGGCUGCUCCCUCCACCGCGUGCCCCAGAUUAGAGCCCCGACACCGGGCACAGCAUCCCUCUCACCCCCCUGGAGCCAGCCUGGAGGGUGGAGGCCGAGGAGACUCCAAUGAGAACAAGCCGACGGAUGACGAGGUGGCCAAGAUGGGCUGUCCCAGUCUGGGAGAAAACACACGGAUAGAGGUGGUCAUCGAGGAGUCGUACGAGUUCAAGAACACAGUAGAUAAGCUGAUCAAGAAGACUAAUCUAGCGUUGGUGGUGGGAAGCUGCAGCUGGAGGGAGCAGUUUGUCUCGGCCGUAACCGUCAGCGCAGGUGAUGAUGAUGAUGAGGAGAGUGGUGAAGAGCGUCUCCCAUCCUGUUUUGACUACAUCAUGCACUUUCUCACCGUCUUCUGGAAAGUUCUGUUUGCCUUUGUCCCUCCGACAGAGUACUGGAAUGGCUGGGCCUGCUUCAUCGUCUCCAUCAGUCUCAUCGGAGUUCUGACGGCUGUAACAGGAGACCUGGCCUCUGCCUUUGGCUGUACUGUGGGUCUGAAGGACUCUGUCACUGCCGUGGUGUUUGUAGCACUAGGGACCUCUGUACCAGACACCUUUGCCAGUAAGGUGGCCGCCAUCCAGGACCAGUACGCCGACGCUUCCAUCGGCAACGUAACCGGUAGCAACGCCGUGAACGUCUUCCUUGGGAUCGGAGUGGCGUGGACCAUCGCCGCCGUGUUCUGGCGUUCCAAAGGCCAGGUGUUUCGCGUCGACCCGGGCUCGCUGGCGUUCUCCGUCACGCUCUUCACGGUGAUGGCGUGCAUAUGCGUGAUGAUCCUCCUCUACCGACGGCGAGCGUCAGUGGCAGGCGGGGAGCUGGGAGGGCCGAGGACUACCAAGAUCAUCACGUCACUGGUCUUCUUAUUCAUGUGGCUGAUCUAUAUAUUACUGUCAUCACUGGAGGCAUACUGCCACAUGCCUGGGUUCUAGAGAGAGAGAGAGAGAUGGAGGGGUGAGGGAAGGAUGGAGGGGUGAGUUGGGGGAGACAGAGAGGAGGAAUAGACACAGGGAGGGAACAAAAGGAAACCCACUCGGCAAAAAAAACGGUUGAAUCAACAUUGUUUCCACGACAACAACAAAGAUUAAGCGUAACGACGUUUAAUCAACGUGGGAAACUGAUUGGAUUUGCAACUUAAAUCCAAUGUCGUGGGGACAUUUUUGUUGUUGAACUCAGCCAAAUGUAAAGGAAAAGUAGUUGAAUUGACGUCUGCGCCAGUGGGGAGGGAGGCAGAGUGGACAUGUUGGAAAGAACUAACAUGGACAUGGGGAUGAGGGACAGACAGAAAGAUAAACCUACAGUGCAACAACUCUCCCUUUUCCCCAUCUAACAAUAGAUUCAGUAUUCUCCCUUUCCCCCAUCUAACACUAGAGUCAGUACUCUCCCUUUCCCCCAUCUAACAAUAGAGUCAGUACUCUCCCUUUCCCCCAUCUAACACUAGAGUCAGUACUCUCCCUUUCCCCCAUCUAACAAUAGAGUCAGUAUUCUCCCUUUCCCCAUCUAACAAUAUAGUCAGUACUCUCCCUUUCC